AUGGCCCCCGCCGCCGCCGGCGCGCUGCUCUGGGCUGUGCUGCUGAGUCUGGGGGCCCGGGCGGCGGGGGCCCAAGACCAGACCCAGUCUUCCUUGAAGGCGCUGCAGCGGAGCAGUACCCGCCUCGGGAGCCCCAUGGCCAGCAGCUACCAGACCUCUGGCCGGACCAACAGACCCCGGAAGAUGAAGGUAACCCUGGAAGAUGAGGACGACGCCAUAGCCACCGCCGACCACCUGGCUGGUCCGGCCGCCUCCGAGCUCUUGGCUUCUUCGGUGGCCACGGGCAUCAGCCACCCCCGCGGGUCCGGGGAGGAGGAAGGGGUGCUGGAAAACGAAGUUCUGAUUAACACCAGAAGGAAUGGCAACAUGGAAAGUUCCAGUACGGCCUCCAGCACAAGAUUUCCAGCGAAUUCACAGGACCGGGAAAUCAGGUUGACGACAAGCCUGGGGCCCUCCACCUUGAGGUCGACGGGGGAGCAGCCGGGCUCCGAGAUCAAUCUGAACCAGUGGUCGACACCUGGGUCCACCCCGAGCCAGUGGCCGCCCCCCACUUACACAGCCAUGCCGCCAGCAGAAGAUCUGCAGCUGGUGCUCAUGCCCUGGGGCCCGUGGCACUGCCACUGCAAGUCGGGCACCAUGAGCCGGAGCCGGGCCGGGAAGCUACACGGGCUGGCGGGACGCCUUCGUGCCGGGGCACUUAGCCAACUCCGCACGGAGCACCGGCCUUGUACCUACCAGCAGUGCCCCUGCAACAGGGCUCGGGAAGAGUGCCCCCUGGACAACAAGUUCUGUGAGGACUGCACUUCUCAGGCCAGUAACAGGGAGAUACCCACGAGCCACUUUCCCUCUUCCAGCCCCACCCCCAGCCCCAGCCCCAGCCCCAGCCCCAGCCCUGCUCUUGCUUUCUGGAAACGAGUCAGGAUGGGGCUUGAGGAUAUUUGGAACAGCCUGUCUUCCGUCUUCACGGAGAUGCAACCAUCAGAGCGGAACCGCAGGUAAAGGCCACUUUAUCCACAGGAAGAGGAGGCAUCAGCAUCUCCUCUCCUCCCCCUUGGAGUCCACUGGAUAUUUUUAAUACAGAAAAACA